UGUAUGUAUGCUUGUGUGUCCGCAGGGCGGCGCUGUUCAGCAGCAUCUGAACCCACAGAAACAGAAACACUCCGCAGUGCAGCAGCAGCAGCUCAACUCUGAAACCUGACCUGCCUGCCACUCACCCCCUCUCUCUCUCUCUCUCUCUCUCGCUGUCUCUCUCUCCCUCUCUCUCCCUAUCUGUGCACCCUCUUCCCCCUCUUCCUCCUCCCCCUCCUCCAGGGGAAGCGCGCGCUGCCAGAUCAGGCGGAGUCGGAAACGCGCAGCAACGUUGGUCCGUCGUGUCUGCGGCUCCGCGGCUUCUCUCACCUCCCUCUAGGCUGUCGGAUCCUCCGGGGAGCGACUUCUUCUUCCAGCCCGCAGGAAAACAGUGGAUCUUCGGCCUCACGGACGGACGGACCCGGCGGGCAGCGCGGCGGGUAAAGACCCGGCUCGGCUCGGCUCGCCUUCUCCUCCCCCCGGUGCGGUGGAAAAACCCGGACGGAGGCCCGCAGUGUGCGCUCAGCCUCCCGCAGGCCUCCGGCCCGGACUCCCGCUUUUCUCCCGGAAAAUGGACGGAUUCACCGGCAGUUUAGAUGACAGUAUGUCUGGAGCGAGUGUCUCAGAUGUCAAUGAUCGUCUCUCUGCUCUGGAGCUUCGUGUUCAGCAGCAGGAAGAUGAGUUGACGGUUAUGAAAGCUGCUCUUGCUGAUGUCCUUCGUCGUCUUGCUGCCUCCGAGGACACCGCUGCCUCCGCGACCAAAAAACAGCAAGGAGGAAAAGGUGGUGCUGCACUGCGUGAAGCCUACUCGAUGUCCUGUAUCGCUAACGGAGGAACAUCUGGACGAAAAAGAGACUCCACUUCCGUCACCAGGAAGGAGACAGUAUCGUCCGCCGCCAAGAGUGGAGCAGACAGGAAAAAAGAGGGCAGCAGCCAGCGGUCUCAGAUGGAGGAGAUCCAGGAGCGUGAGGAAACUCCUCACCCAAAGGACCUGUCCUCCUCUCCCUCCUCCCCCCACCAUCCCCAGACCCCUCAGACUCCUCAGACACCCCAGCCACAGAGACCAGCCCAGUCCACCGACAGCAGUAAAGGCCACCCCCCUCCAAAAAGGGGACCCAGUGUGAAGCGAUCCUCAGGCAUGGAGCGUUCUCAAAGUAGCACCUGGGAGAGUUCAGAGGAAAACAGGAACAAACUAGUGAAAGCUGCGUCCACCUCCAAACUGCUGGCAAAAGUGGUCAAGAACGCUGAGAGACACAAAGAUGUGGUGGUCAGUCAAGCCAAAAUGUCGACCAGGGAGAAAAACAGCCAAGCUGAGGGGAAUCACAUCAAGAUGUUCAUGCGUGGUCGACCGAUCACCAUGUUCAUCCCUUCCGAUGUUGAGAACUACGAGGAUGUUCGCACAGAACUUCCUUCAGAAAGACUAAAGCUGGAAUGGGUGUAUGGUUACCGUGGCAGAGACUGCAGAGCAAAUGUCUACCUCCUUCCAACUGGAGAGAUCGUUUACUUCAUCGCCUCUGUUGUGGUUCUGUUUAACUACGAAGAACGAACUCAGAGACAUUACCUCGGACACACAGAUUGUGUCAAGUGUCUGGCCAUCCAUCCUGAUAAAAUCCGGAUCGCUACAGGACAGAUCGCAGGAGUGGACAAAGACGGACGGGCGCUGCAGCCUCAUGUUCGUAUCUGGGACAGCGUCAGUCUGUCGACUCUGCAAGUCGUCGGUUUGGGAACAUUUGAGCGAGGUGUGGGCUCUCUGGCUUUCUCCAAAGCUGACUCUGGUCAGCACCUGAGUGUGAUUGAUGACUGUAACGAUCACAUGUUGACAGUUUGGGAUUGGCAGAAGAAAUCAAAGAUCGCUGAAAUCAAGACCACUAACGAGGUGGUGCUAGCCGUAGAGUUCCACCCCACCGACCCAAACACCAUUGUCACCUGUGGAAAGUCCCACAUCUUCUUCUGGACCUGGACUGGGACCUCGCUGGCUCGUAAACAGGGAAUCUUUGGGAAAUACGAGAAGCCUAAGUUUGUCCAGUGUCUGGCCUUCCUGAGUACUGGAGACAUCCUGACUGGAGACUCUGGAGGGAUCCUGCUGGUCUGGACCAGGAGUUCCGCUGAGACACCCACUGGAAAGGGACCCAGAGCGUUUCAGAUCAGUCGGCAGGUCAAAGGUCAUGAGGGAAGUGUUUUCUGUAUGUGUGAAAUGAGGACCGGCACUCUGCUGACCGGAGGAGGAAAAGACCGAAAAAUCAUCCUGUGGGACCAUGAACUGAGAGCCGACCGAGACAUUGAGGUCCCAGAUCAGUAUGGAACGAUCAGGGCGGUGUCUGAGGGGAAGGGGGAAGAGUUUCUGGUCGGGACGUCUCGUAACUUCAUCCUGAGAGGAACCUUCAAUGACGGCUUCCUGGUUGAGGUCCAGGGUCACACAGAUGAGCUGUGGGGUUUGGCGUCUCACCCGUCCAGAGAAAUGUUUCUGACGUGUGCUCAGGACCGGCUGGUCUGCCUCUGGAACUCAUUGGAUCACAGUCUGCAGUGGAGCCGCAUGCUGGAGGAACAUGGACACUGUGCAGACUUCCAUCCCAGCGGAACCGUAGUCACCAUAGGAACACACUCUGGAAAGUGGUACGUUUUGGAUGCAGAGACCACAGACUUGGUGGCGAUCCACACCGACGGGAACGAGCAGCUGUCAGUGAUGCGUUUCUCCUUAGAUGGAAGUCUGCUGGCUGUUGGAUCUCAUGAUAACUUCAUAUACCUCUACACAGUAUCAGAGAGAGGACGCAAGUACAGCCGAUACGGGAAAUGCACAGGACAUUCCAGCUACAUCACACACCUGGACUGGUCACCUAACAACAACUUCAUCAUGUCCAACUCUGGAGACUACGAAAUCCUCUACUGGGACGUUCCAAACGGUUGUAAACUGAUCAGAAAUCGUUCAGAGUGUAAAGACAUCGACUGGGCGACAUACACCUGCGUACUGGGAUACCAUGUGUUUGGUGUGUGGCCGGAGGGUUCAGAUGGCACAGACAUCAACGCUCUGAUAAGAUCUCACAACAGGAAAGUGAUUGCUCUGGCUGACGACUUCUGUAAAGUUCACCUGUUUGCCUACCCAUGCUCCACCCCCAAGGCUCCCAGCCAUAAGUACAGCGCCCACAGCAGUCAUGUGACCAACGUCAGCUUCCUGUAUAAUGACAGUCACCUGAUCUCGACGGGUGGAAAGGACACCAGCAUCAUGCAGUGGCGUUUGGUGGAGAAAUCUUCGCUCUCUCUCACCGACAGCCUCCUGUCAAACCCUGCUCCCCGCCGGGCGGACCCCACCUUCCCUCCGCCCCCUCCCAUCACAGCCACGCCUGCACAGGAACACAGUCCUCCCCCAACGGCCAAUGGAACCCAAGAACCCUUCCCAGAAACUCCACCCCCCAUAGAGCUAGCCCCGCCUGCCUCAGAGUUAACCCCGCCCUACUCUGAGUCAACUCCGCCCCCCUCAGACAGCACAGUGAGUCUGAAGGACAGCCUGGAACCAAGUGACGACACGGCCACACCCAGUGAUGAGGGGCUGCCCCCCCUGACACCCCCCUCAUAGAUGGAGAGUCCCUGUGUGUGUGUGUUGUGGUACAGCUAUCUUUGUGAGGACCAGGAUGAGCUAUACACUUUCUGAAGACAGCUUUAUAAAGUGAGGACAUUUUUACCAAGUGGGGACAUUUUAUUCAGUCCUCAUUUUGUAUCAGAGCUUCAAAUGUCUGAGGGUUCAGACUUGGUUUUAAAGUUAAAAUCCAGUCAGUACAGGGCUUAAUUAAGGGUAAUACAAUAUAUGUAUUUGAACACACACACCUGAAACACAUGUUGAUAUCAUUCAGUGUGACUUCCAGUCCCUGGGGAUAUCAUUAUCUCUAAUGCAGUUGCAGAAUAAACCUCCAGAAAUCCACUUAGAAAUCAGAGAAAAAAUCGGCUGCACAACUUGGCUGAGAAUCAUAAAGUUUUUAAGUUUUCUUCAGUAUCACAGUGAUAGUUGUCUUUAUAUCCAUGGCUACACUGCAAACAGGAGCUAAUCAGAGCUGAUUCAGCAACUUUUAAUGGAGACAGUUUGACUAAAUGGAAACAAGUAAAAUCAAGAAUUGUCAGUGGUUAGGAAUGCCUUAUGUCAGUGAGGGUCCUCACAAGUAUAGAAGUACAAAUGUGUGUAUGUGUUUGUCAGGACUCAAACCUGCCGCUGUAGACUCACAUGGUUUAUCUCACCAGUCAGCUGUUCAAAAAAAAGUUCCUUCAGUUUGAACAAACAUGUGAUGUCACAGUUUGAAACACCUGGAGAGUCCGAUUUACCUGAGAAGAGACUGGAGGAGGACACAUUACCUGACACACACCUGUCACAUCUGGAAACUCUCAUCCUCCAGUUUAGUUUUAAAAUCUCAGCUUGGUCCAGGUGUGUUUUCUGCCUGUCUGUCACAGCAGAGAGCAGAGGACAGGUGAGAAUACCUGAAGAAGUUGAAGAAGACCCUCAAAAGAAGAAUUCUGUUUUUAAAACAAAAUGCUUUAGUUUUACAACACAAAAGACUUGAAGGAUGAAAACUACAGUACAUUUGAGACAGGUGUGUCUCAGAUAAUUUUUUCUCCACCAAUAAGAGCAGAGCAGUUGAACAGGAAGUUUUGGGGUCAGAGAAAAACCUGCGAGUCUUAAAUGUCUUAGAAAUGUUUUUUUUAAGUUCUUUGAAGACAAAACCUGCCUCUAAUUACAUGUUUAUUGGUGUGUUAUAAUGAUAAAUACUUCAAACGAAAAUAGAUUUUUGAUUCUAAACAAUUAUUGAUCAAAGGGAUCGUGUAAAAUGAGCUGCGGACUGUAAAUUCUCAAAACUUUAAACUUUUUAUAUAAACAGAAACACUGCGAUUUAAUCGAUUUGUUCGACUCGACUUUGUUGAACUGUUAUUUUUCAAUACCAUCAAACUCAGCAAUUCUGAGUUUCACAAUCACAGCCCUUCACUACAGAAGGUUUUUAACCGGAAACAUACUUCCUGUAUGAAACCAGAGAAGACAGAGGUUUCAGACUAAUUUGUGCUUGAAUAUAAAGCAGGAGAAAUUGAAUGUGUCUCAUAGUUUCUGACAUGAUACUCAGAAGCCGUUGGACAUACAAAAUGGAGGAUGCAAGUCAACUAGCACUCCCAGGAUACAUUUCACUAACAAACACCCAUUCACAGAGCAUCUUAUUCUUUUAACCCCAUUUGGCUCAGGUCUUAAAUAUGUAAGAACCAGUCAGUUUCAGUGCAGUCUGGUCGAAAGGACACAAUUCUGUUUCAACAGCCUGUCACCUUAGGCAGGUGAGAAUCCAUCUAGAGAGUCGAGAGAUCAAGGUAAAGUAAACAGGAGAAAUGGAACCUCCAGGGUAAAAGCUGUGACUGACAUAUGUUUUUAAUAAUCAGAAAUCAACAGAAGCGUAUCAACGUGAGAUGUCUCUCUCUGACAGAGGAUCUGUUUGUAUAUACUGCAGAUGUCUGUGUGUAUAUUUCUGUUCACCAAUGGGGGGGCUGCAGCUCCUCAGCUACACUGUAAAAAUACAUCCAACACUCACAUCUCUCAGCCAAUCAAGUCACAGUACACAUGAGAUCCUCUCCUCUAAGUGGAUGGGUUUCGGUGACUAUCUGAAUGACUGCUGAUGAUGAUUGUUUUUGUCUCUUCUGGACCAUUUAUGUUCAAAUGUUUCCUGAAUGUUGGGCUAACAAUGUCACUUCGGGGGUAAGGCUAUCAGGUGGGGGGAGGGAGGAGGCAUUGGGGGGUUUGAUGUGGGGUUGUUCAUGUUUUUGCCUUUUUAAUACUCGUCGGUUUAUCUUCAUCUUUUCUACGCUCGUCUCUGAAGGGCUUGUACAGAGUUCAGGGAUUCACCUGGACAUUCAGGUAGGGGUGGGGCCAGAGGGUGUGUGGAUGGAUCAUAGGAU